GCUGAACCGGAUGUGCGUUCUAACUUCCGUGAAAAAGGCCUAUCGACCUGCCUUUAGCAACGUCCGCUGAAAAUUAGUUGGCAACACUGCGAGGAGCAUCGAACUGUAGUGGGACUUCUGCAAAACAAAGAUCUCCGAAUCUGCAUUGAAGAAUACACGACACAACAGAGUUUGAUAUAAAUCAGGACUGGACUUACAAUGAUUGAUCUCACGUCUCUGUCAGUCACCUGGACCCUGGUGGCACUGAUCAUAACUCUCUUAUUUAUUUAUGGUGUUUGGCCACAUGGAUUUUUCAACAAGCUGGGUAUUCCAGGACCAAGGCCUUUGCCUUUCAUUGGCACAUUUCUUUCAUACAGGAAAGGUAUUUGCAAUUUCGAUAUGGAGUGUGCUAAGAAAUAUGGAAAAAUAUGGGGGAUCUUUGAUGGAAGGCUCCCAAUUCUAAUGGUCACUGACCUGGAAAUGAUCAAAGUAAUUAUGGUGAAAGAGUGUUAUUCUACAUUCACCAACAGAAGGGAUACAAAUGCAGAUCUGGCUGGUCCCUUUGCUGAUGGAGUAUCUAUAGUUAAAGAUGAGAGAUGGAAGAGAAUUCGUGGUUCACUCUCUCCAUAUUUUACAAGUGGCCGACUUAAGGAGCUAUUUCCUUUAGUUGUGACGCAUGCAGAACGUUUUAUUCAAAAUAUGAAAAAGAGAGACCAGGAACAACCAAUUAAAAUAAAAGACGCUGUCGCACCAUACAGUUUGGAUGUUGUCACCAGCUCUUCCUUUAGCGUUGACAUCGACUCCAUAAACAAUCCAGAGGACCCUUUUGUUACUAAUAUCAAGAAGUUUUUCCAGUUUCAUUUGUUCAGUCCUCUCUUACUGCUAUUUACUCUCUUUCCCUUUACAGCAAAGCUUUUGGGCAAAAUUGGUAUACGUCUUUUUUCAGAGUCAUCUUUGAAUUAUUUUUACAGUGUUUUGAGAAAGAUAAAGGACCAACACAGCAAAGAAUCAAAUGGGCGGAUAGACUUCCUGCAGCUCAUGAUCCAGGGUCAAAUAUCUGACAGUCAAGCUGAAAACACUACAGGUGACCAGCCAGUAAAAGGUCUUACAGACCACGAGAUCCUCUCCCAGUCCUUCAUUUUCAUCCUCGGAGGUUAUGAUACUACAAGCACCACUCUCACUUUCCUCCUCUAUAAUCUUGCAACUAAUCCAGACAGCCUGCAAAAGCUGGUUGAACAGAUUGAUGAAAACUUUCCCUCUAAUACUCCUGUUACAUAUGAUGCUUUAAUGAAAAUGGAUUACUUGGAAAUGGCCAUCAACGAAUCAAUGCGUCUCCUUCCCACUGCUCCACGUUUAGAGAGGGCCUGUAAAAAGACUGUGGAGCUCAAUGGAGUGACCAUACCGAAGGACACUGUGGUUGGAAUUCCCACAUAUGUUUUAAAUCGUGACCCACAGCUCUGGGAGUCCCCGGAUGAGUUCAGGCCAGAGAGGUUCAGCCCCGAGAGUAAGGCAGAUGUCAACCAGUAUGCUUUUAUGCCUUUUGGACUCGGGCCACGAAACUGCAUUGGAAUGAGAUUUGCCCUAAUGAUUAUGAAACUUCUUGUUGUGAAGCUGCUUCAGAACUUCACUGUGGAAACAUGUAAAGAGACACAGAUCCCUCUAGAGUUGAAUGCCAUUUUUCAGCCAAAGGUUCCCAUAACACUGAAGUUCAUACCAAGAUCUCACAGGGAUAGAGAAGAAUAAUUAAAACUAAUACAAAACCUUGAUCAAUAUAAUUUGAUUUCAAUGUAAUCAUAUAGAAAACAUCAUUUGUAAUCACAAAGGCUUCAAAGUUAUGUAGUGUAGAAUUAACUAGAUCGUGCAUAAUACUUUAUUUUUAUGUUUAUAUUUUACACCAUAUUUAGGUGAGCUGUUGUAAUGCUCAGUGGUAUGAUUUAUGUCACUUGUAGUGUGACCAUUUGUCUGUUCAAUUUACUUUUUGAAAUUAAUACAUUCAUUAAAACCCGUUUAUUGUUGUAUGUGGAAUGUGAAUUUUGUGUAUCAUCUGUAAAUCCUGUUUUCAGCUUAUUGAUCCCAAGUUGCAGAUGUAAACUGUCACACUAAAAGGUGUGUGUGUGUUGUGUGUGCGUGCGUGUGUGUGCGUACGUUACAUUUUUGAAGUUGUGGGGACAAUUUGUUGGUCCCCAUGUGGAAAACUGCUUAUAAUUCAUACUAAAUUAUGUUUUUUGAAAAUGCAAAAAUUCAGAAAGUUUUUUGUUGGGUUAGGGGAUACAAUAUAAAGUUUGUACAGUAUAAAAAUCAUUGUCUAUGGAAAGUCCCCAUAAAACAUGGAAACCCAACGUGUGUGUGUGUGCUAAGAUGUGUCAAAGUGCUUCUUGAAGAAGUGCAACUUGUAGAUCGCAAAAAUACUGUGGCCAAGUAUUAAACAUUUCCUGUUAUAAUUGGGAGCUUAUUUUACAAUUGCAGUGUCAGGGAGAAGUUCCAGUUGAAAGUGUGGUAAGAGAGAACCUUUCUCAUGUUAUUGGGGGCAGGCUGACAUGAUUUCUAUAAUCCUGGAAAAGGAGACAGAGGAGGGAACACAUUGUAAAGUGUUGUUGGUUUAGCAACAGUAGACAAGACCAUAUGGUUCAAUAAUUAAUUAUUUGAUUUUGCCUAAAAUCCCAAAUUUAUUAGCAGCCAUAGUAUGAUUUAAUACACGCUAGUUGGUAUCUCUAUAUACCCUAAAAAUGUAAUUAGUUUUUUGAUUAUAACUAUAAUCUGAAUUAUCUUACCAUGCAUGUAUAGGCCUAAAUUUCCUGAGAAAAUUAGCAUUUUGUUAUUCAAUGCACCCAGAAAGCUGUCUUGCAUUUCACUCAGCAAUGAAGACUAAACAGGAAGUGAUUGAAAUCUCCCCACUAACAGCAUUAUGCACCCACCCUUGCCCUGAAAAACCAUCCUUUUUGGACAGCUCUCCAUUUUGCCAUACUGGGGAGUACAUUUAAUUCAUUAUGUCACCACAAGACUAACAUUUCACUCUUUAAUAUAUAAUAAAAUUCUAAGAUAUGUUUUAAAUGACUCUUCUUUUUUUUUUUUUUUACUUAAAUGAGUCAUGAUAUGCCUUUUAUAUUAUUUUAAUAUGUUCCUUGAGGUUCACUUAUAAUAUUAGUUUUUUUUUUGUUGUUGUUUUUUUUUGCACAGAAAACAAUCAUAUAUUUGUAAAACAUGAUCAUUUUCCUCCUCACUCAGACCCUUUAGUUUUGGUGCUGUUUCUCCUUUAAGACUUGACAGUAUAUAACCGCUGUUCUGAUUGGCUCUCUGCCAAUGUUGUUGUGGAGGUGGUCAGAUGCAAAUAUCUACCACAGUGGCCCAUUGCAGUGCACAUAGGGGCCACAGUUUGUUCCUGGCAGGCAGUAGAUACCAUAACCCUGCUCCCACCCUAAUCCUAACAAUAUGGUGCUUGUAAGGCAGAGUAGCCUGCCAGGAACAACGGAUGGCACCUUUCUACCAUUGCAACCAUGCCGUGAUAUCACAAUUUGGAGGAUGUUGAGAACAAGUCGUUAUGGCAGCUUGUUUUCAACAAAUUUUCUUUCUGCAGUGAGGAGAAAGUUUGUGUUCUGAAACUCAGUUUGUUUUUAUAGUACACUGACCUUAUAUGUUUAAAGAUCUAGGACAUUUUUAUUCCUCAUGUCCUAAACUUUUUAAAAAAAAAUGUCAUCAAGAUUAGUUUAACUAAUGGUGUUACAAAAUGUUUUGAUUAGAAUUUUACUAAACUCAGGUUUCCACUCAAGAGUGUUCGUAUCCCAAUUAUAACACAUUAUUAAAUUGUGCAGUUACACAUAUCUUUGUGUCUUUGACUUUAGCUAAUUGAAAAUUAUACUUAUGUUCAUCAUAUUAUGUUGUAUCAU